UCAGCAACUCUGAUCAGGGCUGGAUUAACUGGUUUCUGCGUGUUCUCCUGCUUCAGUACGUGCCCCCCGAGGGAAACUGAUGUUAACUUAUAUAAAAAACACAAACGAAACAGCAACAACAGCAGCGACGACGAGGAAGCGGGCGCAGAAGUGGAAGGAGGCCCUCGUGUGUUUUUGACUAGAACCCAUCGAUCCUCCCCAGCGCUCGGCUGCAGGUCUCACCUGUGAGCGCAUCGCAUGGAGACUCCGCGCAUCCGAGCGUCACCUCUGCUGCUGCCGCUGCUGCUGCUGGCGGAGCUUUGCGUCGGUUACAGACCUGUCGUCAUCGUCCACGGCAUUUUUGAUGGACCGAAGCAGUUCGAAACGCUCAGUUCGUUCAUAACCAAGGCGCAUCCGGGCACCGUGGUGAAAGUGAUUGAUUUGUACGACUACAUGGCGAGCGUCAAGCCCCUGUGGAGGCAGGUCCGCGGCUUCAGAAAGGCCAUCAGACCCAUCAUCCAACAGGCUCCACAGGGGGUCCAUCUUCUGUGCUUUUCACAAGGCGGUCUAAUCUGCCGAGCACUUCUCUCCAAGAUUCCAAACCACAACGUGAACACGUUCAUCUCGCUGUCAUCGCCUCUGGCUGGACAGUACGGAGACACAGACUACUUAAACUGGAUUUUCCCUGACACAAUGAAGAAGAUAGUGUUUGAGUUCUGCUACAGAUGUCGAAGCAAAGUGUCUGUUUGUGACUACUGGAACGACCCUCACCACAGGACGCUGUACCUGCACAGCAACAGGUUCCUGCCAGUGCUUAAUGGUGAAACCCCUCACAGGCACAUGGAAGAAUGGAGGGAGAACUUUCUGCGCAUCAAGAAGCUGGUGCUGAUCGGGGGACCGGACGACGGCGUCAUCACACCGUGGCAGUCCAGCUACUUUGGAUUUUAUGACAGCAACGAACAAGUGGUAGAGAUGAAGAACCAGGAGUUUUACAGGAGGGACACGUUCGGGCUGAAGGAGCUGGACGCUCGCGGCGCCGUGUCCGUGUGCGUCCAGGCCGGAGUCAAGCACACGCACUGGCACUCAAACCACACGGUGUUCGUCAACUGCAUGGAGAAGUGGCUCACGUGAGGCAGCAGGAGUCAGAGGGCAAAGACGAGCAUCACUCAUGUACUCACACAGUUGGAUGUUUUAUGUUUCUUUUCACUGACGUCUGGUCUAAAGUUUAAAUCAUCUAAAUCGAGCCGCUACAAGGUGUGGGACGUGAACAUGUUAUUUGUCAAACAUUCUCCCAGUUUCCUUUGAUGAAAAUUAAUGAUAUUUUCACUGUAAAGCAGAUUGAUCUUUUCAAAGUUUGUACAAAGUUGAGAUCUUUUCUUUGAAUAUUGGGAAUAAACCUGCUGAGCGAGCAGAUUUUGUCACAUCACGUAACCACAGACAAGAAACGCUGGUCCAGUAGGUUUAAUUACUAGAUCGUUAUGUGACAUAAAGAAUCUCAGUGAGUUCAAACAACAGUUCUUUAAAUCCCGGGAGUUUGACUGUUUCACUGGGGUGGGGUUACACGUUUUUUAUUUGUAUUUGUGUUUUAUAAUCCGAGUAUUUUUUUUAUAUUAAUGAAACUUCUCCUUGUUUUGCUGAUUGAUGACUUCGGUGCGAAAGGCUCCUUGGUAUUUUCCUUUUGUUUAACAUCAGCGGGUUUUUCUUGGCGACAGUACAUUAAAAUGCCUGCAUCAGCGACCUGUACAAAUACUGCCCUCUAGCGGAGGCCCGCGGAACGUGUACGGACGCGGUGUAACUGUGUUUUAGGAGAUUUUACACGUAUGAUGAAAUGUGAUGACGCUCUAACGUGACCAUCAGUUCUUUAUUAAACCUUUAAAGACGGUGUUUACGUUCA